AUGUUGGGGUUGGGCGCGGAUCGGUUGCGAGCCGACAUGAAUCGUUUGCUCGCACUUCUCUUUCACCAGGGAGUAUUGGACGAGCAAUUCUUGCAGUUACAGCAGCUUCAAGACGAGAGCUCACCCAACUUCGUGUCCGAGGUUGUCAACAUCUACUUCCAUGAGUCCGAGAAGCUCUUACGAAAUCUUAGAGGCCUACUAAUGGAAAAGGAGUUCGCGGACUACAAGAAAAUGGGAAUCCAUUUGAAUCAGUUCAUGGGAAGCAGCUCGAGUAUAGGAGCCAAGAGAGUCAGAAAUGUAUGCGUCGCCUUUCGCGCCGCUUCUGAGCAGACCAACCGUGCUGGGUGCUUGAGAGCUUUGGAGCUUCUGGAACAUGAAUAUUGUUACCUCAAGAACAAAUUGCACGAACUUUUCCAAAUAGAGCAGCAACGAGCCUUGGCAGCUGGAGUUAGAUAUCCGAUGCAAAAUUAGAGCAAUUAGAACCAACCCAAAUCACUCCUUCAUUUGGUUUCUUUUUGUUUGUGGGUUUGUGCUCAAAUCCAAAACGAUCCAAUAGUACUAAAUGUCACUGUUUAUCUACCCAC